UUGCAACGGAUACUACAGAGACCACAAUGCACCUCUUCCUAGAUAUCCGGAAGUGCAUGGUAUUUUCCAACGUGAUCGCUGUGGAGCAGAAAGAAGGAAUAAUGUCUCUGUGUACCAAGAAAAGAAAGUUAGAUAAAAAUGCCCAGGAUCAUCUGUACUUCGACAGCUAUUCUGAUGUAACGAUACACGAGGAAAUGAUUGCAGACCAUGUCCGGACGAACACGUACAGGAUGGCCAUAAUGAGAAGCAGCAGUGCAAUCGAGGGUAAAGUAGUUUUGGAUGUCGGUGCAGGCACCGGUGUUCUUAGCAUUUUCUGCGCCCAGGCUGGGGCCAGAAAGGUGUAUGCCGUUGAAGCAAGUUCAAUUGCUGAUCAAGCUGUCAAAAUCGUAAAACUGAAUAAGAUGGAAGACAGAAUCGAUAUCAUUAAAGGCACUCUGGAGACGAUCGAUUUGCCAGAGCAGGUGGAUGUGAUUGUUAGCGAGUGGAUGGGCUAUGCACUGCUGCACGAGUCUAUGCUAAAUUCUGUGCUUUUCGCUCGAGACAAAUGGCUCAAACCGGGCGGCCUCAUCCUGCCUUGCAAAGCGGAACUGUACAUAUCCCCAAUCAACGACCUUGUGUCUGAAGACCGCUUGAACUUUUGGAGCACCGUCAAGGGUCAAUACGGUGUCGACAUGUCGUGCAUGACGGACUUCGCGAGGAAAUGCAUAAUGAACAAUGACAUCACGGUGAAUCCGGUGACGGUCGAGGACGUGCUGUCGCACCCAUCCAAGUUUGCCGAGCUGGACUUGUACACAGUGACAGCAGAGCAGCUGAAAUCGGUGAAAGGCACCUUCAGCUGCGACUGUUUCGGCUCGUCCACCGUGAACGCCCUGUGUGUGUGGUUCACGGUCACCUUCCCCGGCGGAGACAAGCCACUGGUGCUCUCUACGUCUCCGUUCAAGCAGGAGACCCACUGGAAGCAAGCCAUCCUGUAUUUAGACGAGCCUGUUGACGUUGAACAAGACACAAAGGUAGAAGGGGGGAUCAAUAUGUAUCCCUCCGCUGAGAGUUCCAGGCAUAUUUGCAUCCAUGUGGACUAUUCAAUUGGACAGCUGAAAAUGCAGUCGAAAACGUUUUCCAUUCCUGAAGGAUACUCAGAAUCACAGCCAUAGCCUCUCUGCCUUGCUUUUGCAGAGAGAGAAAAAGAGAGAGAGAGAUUAUCUCGCGUGUGCCAGUUCCCAAGGCCUGUCAUUACACAGAUUGCACUCAGUCAAUAUUUCGAAACUAUCUGAAGCAGCUGGAAAUGAAUAGUAAAUAAAACACAUUCUUUUCCCUAAGU